AUUCUCGAGUUUAUGUUUCCUUUGUCUUCUCUAUAAUAAAUUUGAUGAAAUUAAAAUUGAAAUAUCUUUUCACAAAAAUUUUCAGUCAUAAAUACCUUAAUAUUUUUGUGUAAACAAUAGAAAAACGUAUCUACCAGUGUGUAAAAAAAUAUAAGAUUCCAUUAAAAAAAAUUACGCAAAUUUAGAUUUCGAAGAGCAUAGCGCAUGACUAUGAAAAAGUGUCUCGUAUAAUAAUAUGUGUACCUUUAAUCUUGUAUGAGCGAUUCAUUUCUUAGGCAUGUAUUCGUGUUAUUAAAAAUAACGGAAAUAUUUCUUUGUAACAAAAUCAUUGAGACACGCUAUAAUAUGCAUACAAUUCAAUUAAUUAUAUGAAUUUUACGAAUAUGUGUACAUUAGUAAAGAAUUCACGAACACAGGAAGGUGACAAGUGCCAGACAAUAUUCGAAAUGUCAAUCAAGGUUUUAAAACAUGUUUUAAAAUGUUUGAUUAUCAAAUUUCAUAUAAUAUUUGACUGUAUGAUAGAUUUCAUUUUUGGGUUAUAUUAUGAUCAUAAUAUACAAAAAGUACCACCUAUUAAGAAUGAUUUAUUACUGACAAGUGCAUCAGAAUUAGCUGAAAGAAUCAGAACAAAGAAGAUAUCAUCUGUAGAAGUUGUAACAGCAUUUAUAAAUCGGGCAAAAGAAGUAAAUGGGAUAAUAAAUGCAAUAGUUGAAGAUAGAUAUUCUGAUGCCUUAGAAGAAGCCAAAGAAGUAGAUAAAUUUUUACAAACAUUAGAAAAUAUUGAUUCAAUAAAAGAGAAGAAACCAUUUUUGGGUGUUCCUUUCACAACAAAAGAAAGCAAUGAAGCAAAAGAUAUGCUUCAUACGAUGGGUUUAACAAGUAGAUGUACUUUCCGUUCUAAAGAAGAUGCAACAGCAAUAAGCUUUAUGAAAAAUGCUGGUGGAAUUUUGAUUGCAAAAACGAACAUUCCUGAAUUAAAUCUCUGGACUGAAUCAAGAAAUAAUGUAUAUGGACAAACAUGUAACCCAUAUAAUACUACUAGAAAUGUUGGUGGAAGUAGUGGUGGAGAAGGAGCAAUUACUGCAGCCUGUGGAACUGCAUUUUCUGUUGCCAGUGAUAUUGGUGGUUCUACUCGAAUGCCUGCUUUCUUUAAUGGAGUGUUUGGAUUUCAAUCAACUGCAGGUUUAACACCACUGAAAGGUAUUGGACUUCGAAAAGAGGAUUAUCCUAAUUCAAUGGCAGGAGUGGGACCAAUGUGUAAAAAAGCAGAAGAUUUAGUACCUAUUUUGAAAGUUUUAGUUGGAGAAAAAAUCUCAUUACUUAAGCUUGAUGCAGAAGUAGAUAUAAAAUGUCUUAAUAUUUUUUACCAAGAAAAUUCAGGUGAUAUAAGAGCAAGUAAAGUAAAUUCUGAAAUGAGAGCUGCUCUUUUAAAAGUUGUACAACAUUUUAAAGAAAUUACUGGAUCUGCAACAAAAAUAAAAAUACCUGGUUCUGAAUAUAGUUAUCGAUUAUGGCGAUUUUGGAUGACACAAGAAAAUUUUGAUUUCAAAAUAAAUAUAACAAACGGAAAGUACCGUGCGAGUGCUCUUACAGAAAUUUCCAAAUUUUUAACUGGGAGAUCAGACUUAACGUUAGCUGCUAUUCUGAAACUAAUUGAUGAAGACAUAUUUCCUCGAGAAGAUGCUGAAUGGGCAAUGAAUGUAACAACAAAUAUGAAACAAUAUUUGAUGGAUAAAUUGGAGCAUAAUGGGAUACUAAUUUAUCCAUCUUCACCUUUUCAAACUGGUUAUCAUUAUACAGCUUACUUAAGACCAUUUAAUUUUGGUUAUUGGGGUCUUUUUAAUGUUUUAAAAUUUCCGGUGUGCCAAGUGCCUCUUGGUGUAGGCAAAAACGGACUACCUAUUGGAGUGCAAGUAAGUCGUAGCAGCUCCCUAUAAUGAUCAUUUAUGUUUGGCUGCAGCACGAGAAUUGGAGAAAGUGUUUGGUGGUUGGGUGCCACCAGCCUGAUUUAUUACAAACUGAUAUUAAUUCAACUCAACAAUGAUUUACAAAAGUAAUUGCUAUUUAGUAAUAACAGUGUGAUAUUAUUAUUUACUAUACAAUAUUCUUUCUACAUUUGUUGACAUAUUAUAGAUAAGAUAAUAAUAAACAAUGGAUUUAAGGUGCAAUAUAA